CCUGUGUGUGCCUGCAUGCGGAGAGCAGGGCGCAGCCUUACACCGGUGGUGCAGCCAGAAAACUUGCAGAAGAAUUGGCUUCAGGAAUUUUAUCAGGUUGUUCAUGCACACAAGCCCCACUUCAUGGCUUUACACUGUCAAGAAUUUGGAGGAAAAAACUAUGAGGCUUCCAUGUCUCACGUGGACAAGUUUGUUAAAGAGUUGUUAUCAAGUGAUGCGAUGAAAGACUACAACAGGGCUCGAGUUUACCUGGAUGAGAACUAUAAAUCACAGGAGCAUUUUACGGCUCUAGGAAGUUUUUACUUUCUUCAUGAAUCUUUGAAAAACAUCUACCAGUUUGAUUUUAAAGCUAAGAAGUAUAAGAAGGUUACUGGGAAAGAAAUCUACUCAGACACUUUAGAAAGCACACCCAUGCUGGAAAAGGAGAAGUUUCCACAGGAUUAUUUCCCUGAGUGCAAGUGGUCCAGAAAAGGUUUCAUUCGAACAAGGUGGUGUAUUACUGAUUGUGCCUUUGACUUGGUAAACAUUCAUCUUUUCCAUGAUGCUUCCAAUUUAAUUGCUUGGGAAACAAGCCCAUCGGUUUACUCAGGAAUACGGCAUAAGGCUCUUGGCUAUGUGCUUGAUAGAAUUAUAGAUCAGCGGUUUGAGAAAGUUUCUUAUUUCGUCUUUGGAGAUUUCAACUUUAGACUGGAUGCCAAAGCAGUAGUAGAGACGCUAUGUGCGAAGGCUACAAUGCAGACUGUCCGGGCAGCUGACACAAAUGAAGUAGUCAAGCUAAUAUUUCGUGAAUCCGAUAAUGACCGAAAGGUUAUGCUACAAUUAGAAAAGAAGCUGUUUGACUAUUUUAAUCAAGAUGUUUUUAGAGAUAACAAUGGCACUGCGCUUUUAGAAUUCGACAGAGAGCUGUCAGUCUUUAAGGACAGAUUGUAUGAACUGGACAUCUCAUUUCCUCCCAGUUACCCAUACAGCGAGGACUCCACCCAGGGAAAGCAGUACAUGAAUACACGAUGUCCAGCCUGGUGUGACAGGAUCCUGAUGUCCCACUCAGCCAAGGAGCUCAUUCUGAAAUUCCUAACAGACCCCAAACCCAUCGGGAAAUCAGUGCAUGAGGAGAUCUCAGCCGUGGCUUUCUGCUCUGUGUGAGAUCCCUCCCGCUGUGCGAGCAGUGGCCAUAACUGCCAUGCAGAAAGGACUGUGCUGUGACUUCUCAGCUCUGCUGCACUGCGGCUGCUUUGCUGACCAGAUUGUUUACCUGUCACGUGCGUAACAGUUUUACAAAUGCCAAAUUGCCCAAAGUCAUCUGUCUAUCUGUAUUUUUCUCUAUAACCAGUACAGUUUAACAGGAAGUAAUCUUUGCAUAUAAAUCUUUUUUUCUUCCAUUUAAAGUAAUGAAACCCUUGAAACUUGGUUCCCUGAAGUUUAUAACCUUCCUGUUCUCUCUCCCAUCAGGGCUAUUUACCUCGUGAUUAGACUGUUUGCUUUGCAGUAUAUAACUCACUGAAAGGCUGAGAACAUUUUUAUGUAGCUACUCACAUUUCAGUCCAGCAUACUUCCUCACACGUUUUAAUGUAUGUGUCUGCAUGAUAUCUUGAAGUUUCACCUAAAAUUUUAGACAAUGCCUGUAUUACGGAACUUAAUGAAAAACCAUUAUAAAGCCAAGAGGAAUAUAGGCUUUGUAGUAAGAACAGUAAUGUCAGAAUCAAAGUCAUUCGAUCUUCUUCUACAGAACUAGAAUAGGAAAAAUGGAGGCUCUACCCAAAAUAUUACAGAUAGUGCCUGGCGCCCCUGGAAUUCCUCAAGAACAAAGGAUUAAAACCAUGGAAAGAGUGGCCAAUGGGGCAAGAUUUUUUUUUAAACUAUGAAUAAGGAGAUAGAAGUGUACACAAAGGCUUGAAGAGUGUAAACAGUACAGAGGGAAAGGAAUUCUUUCAGAUUAUCUGGGGGGUAUAACUUGGAUAUAAUGGGAGAAAAUUAAACAAAAGAAAACAAAGGUAGAGCAUUAAAGAAGUUAGUAGCUGUGAGGUCAGUUAGCCAGUUUUUGGUCUCAGUGGAACAGAAAUGCAGUCAGCUGGAUCAUUCAGAGCUUACGUUUUAAAACUGCGUGCUGUGUUUUCACUGCAGUUUUGUACUUUCAAAUCAGGAGCGUGCCGUCUGGGACAUUUCCAGAAACGUGUGUGCAAAACUACAAAUAUGAAGGAAGCCAAACAGGCAUGGGUGUGUAACUCUGUGAGCUGAUACCAAGGAAGGAGUUAGCUUAUCUGGAUCAAAAAUAAACUGUAAUUGUGGCUCAUAAAAUUUAUUGAAUAUAUUAAAUGGAAAAGAACCAAUAGAGGAAACAGUGAAAUGGCGGUGCUCAUUUCUGUGGUUUUGUGCAGCCAUCAGCAUUUGCUUUGCCACUGAGAAUGUAUUUCACUGCAGAACCUUACGCCUUGGUGUGUAGGAAGGAACUUAGGAAACAAAAAGCAAAUUUUAAUUAACUAAUUACAGUAUAAUAAAUCCUUGAAAUUUAAAUCAUAGAAUCAUAGAAUAGAAUCAUAGAAUCACAAGGUUGGAAACGACCUAUAAGAUCAUCUAGUCCAACCAUCUCCUCAUCACCAUUGCCACCACCAGCACUAAACCGUAUCACUUUUCAUUAAUUAUAUCAAUAUCAAUUUUUAAAUAUUUUUGGUGUGUUCCAGUUAGGUAUUGGAAAUUCUUCUGAGGGUGUUUGGUAGUGUUAAUUCUUACAGGCAAAUGAAGAGUUUAUUUUUCUGCCUUGGCAGAUCUGUAUUUUAUUUCAAACAGAAAUUGUAAAGCUGCCUUUUAACCCUAUGUGAAGAAAGAACAGUAUGCACAAGUUGCCACGCUGUACAGUGGGCUCUGCUACACAGUAGGCAUUACAGAUUGUACAGACAUGGGGCUGUGAACAGCUUUCAUGCAACAUCAUCUAUCAUGCUAUGGUCGGUUACCUCACCAUCAUGUUAUUUUAUGCCUCCUGAGCCCUAAAACACCAAAGGUUGCCCACUGCUAGGGAGCUGCGUUGACGCCUGAUAGCGUGAAGUAAUGAAUGCUCAGCCAAGUGUAUAUUGUUUCUGCUUGUGCACCGCUGUAAUUUGUUUAUCUGUCCAAAGAUUAUGCAGUUGAAAAUCCACAAUUUUAUGCUGCCUUUGUAAAUUAUCAAGUCGCUUUUGAUGAAUGUAUCCCCACUUCCGAUGCUAGUGGCAUUAUGAUCUUGAAAUAUUGGAAAGGGCUCAUGCAUACAAUGCAGAAGGUUAUGUUUUUAUAUUUUUGGCAGACAACCGUGCUAUAAAGUAAAUCUGACCUUAAGCUUCCUUACUGCAUUAAAGAUAAUUCAGUUUUAACUUUAUAGUCCAAAAUGCUGGUGUUUAUGGAAUGUUACUGCCCAGUCAGACCUGACUGAUUACAGAUGAGAAAGUCUUGACUGUUUCAUACUAAAUAAAUUAGUAUUGCCAGCCAGUUUAAAGAGCAUCGCCUGUGGUUGUAUGAGAGACUUCAGAGUGUGCAGAUUGCAGACUGAAUUAGCUGGUAGAAAAUGUUUAGUAUAAUAAGAAAUUGCCGUGUAUGGCAAUGUGUUUGUGUUUAUUCCUGAAGUGCUGUGCUGGAGAAACAAAACAUUCUGAAAAUUAUAUUGUGUUGCGAAUGGCUGAAAGAUGAAUGCAUUUUAUGACCCGUGAAAGUACAAAUGCUAAAGAAGUCAGUGUGUGAGUGUGUAAGGAUUCAGCACAGAACAAAAUGAAAGCAAUUCAUAAUGCAGAUUGGAGGAAUAUCAUAUGUCAUUUCCUGCUGAUUUUCCCAAAAUCACAUAAUGCUUUUUUCAAAGAAAGGAAUGUAUAUCAUGGAACUGAUAGAAGAUUGUAUUCCUAAAGUGUAAAUAAUUUGUAUCUCUGAACAUUUAAAAUCAACUGUGUGAGGAAAUAAACUCAUCCCAUGGGGCAAUAUGGAUUGCUUGGAAUUCAAAGAGCAACAGAGAGAUAUCCUAGCCAACUGCAUACAGUUGUGUGCUGCUCUUAAAAGGAAGCGGGCAGUGCAGUGGGCUGCGUUCUGCAGGCACAAGGUUUGAAUGCAAACCUAAGGAAAGAUUAACUUAAUCUAUCCAAAUGUUAGUCUCUAACAUUUCUUAAGGCCCCAGAAGCAAGGAGUGGGCACUGUGAUUUCAUGAGUUAAUUUAUGUGUACAAAUGGCUGCAGUCAGUACUGAAUGUAAAGAUUCUUUCUGCAAGUCUCUCUCAGGAAAAGCCGAGAAAAGAUGUGUUACUGUGUGAGCAUCACCUGUUCUGUGACUCUGUCCCCUAAUUGUGUGAUUCCAUAAACCGUCCUCAUUCAGAAACCAUUCUGAAUUAUUUGUAGCACCCCAUUCCCCUGUUUCUGUAAACUGGAGGACAGCUGAACUGACGGCUCUUGUUUAUUCCUGUUGGUGGUUUUGUUGUUGUUUGUUUGUUUGUUUUUUAAACUAGUCAGAAAAUGAUGAGAAGAUUGUAAUAUAUGACCACAUUGGGCCAAACGUCUGCAUGGGGGAUCACAAGG